GCAACUGGAUGCGCAACGACGUCGUGUCGUAUUAUGCUCCGAUUCUCUACUCAUUUUCCCCUCGUAAACCCUUUUACUCUGGCGAUUUUCCUCUGUCUCUCUGAUGAGCUGUUGGUUUCGAUAAUUCGAUUGUGACGGAAUUAGGAAAAUGGUAUUAUCAAACAAGAUGCCCUUAGUCCCUGAAUGCUCUCCUAGACUCAGUCGCCCAAAAACCCAUAUUGUCGAAGAAGGAAAAAGGAAGAAAAACCCCAUCUUUACAGGGUCCAGAAGGUUUAAGCAAGAAGAGCAAUGCAAUCGAGGAGAAAAGCAAGGCGAUUUGGAAGCUACGGAGAAGAAGAGGAGGAGGAGGAGGAAGAGGGCGAGAGAGGAGGGAAUGGAGGAUGGAGCAGUGAAGGAGGUGAAAAUGUCAAAGAAGAAGAAGAGGGAGAAAAAGGAAGAGCAGAAGGCAAGUGAAGAGGAAGGAACUAUGGAUAUGGAUACUGGCACUGACAGUCAAGCUAAUGAUGUCGUUACGAGAGUUUAUGUUGGAAGCAUUCCAUAUGGCUAUACAAAGGAGGAUAUGCGGCAUUACUGUGGAGACUGUGGAGCCAUAAUUGAAGUUGAUUGCGUGAAGUUUCUGGACAACUGGACUUUAGGAGGCAUUGCAAUUAUUAGUUUUGAGGCAAAAAUUUUCAUCAAAAUUUUUACAACUAAAAGUACCAACACGGUUGCUCGUGUAUUGAGAGGGAGCAGAGAAAUUCUCUUUUUGAAUUGACAUGAUUAUUGCAUUGCGUUUCACAGGCUGAAGCAGAUGCCAAACGAGCAUUGGCUUUAGACACAGCAGAAAUGCAAGGAACAUAUAAAUGUGGUGAUUACAGUUGUUUUUAUCUUUCAUUGUCGCCCAUUCUCAUAUCAUGUUUGUAAAUUGUAACACUUCCAAUGUAUUCACCACGGGUGGAUUGCAGCUGACAAUUCAACCCUGCAAAACAACUAGCGCCAAUAGAGUGUCUAAUUUUGUUCCACAAAUGGUGGAAGGCUACAACAGGAUCUAUGAGGAAAAUUUGUUGUGGAAUUCUUUUCAGAUUGCAAUAUAUCAUCUAUACGAUUUGGCAUAGAAAAGGAAACAGGGGAGUUCCGAGGACAUGCUCAUGUGGAUUUUGCUGAUAGUGUUAAUGUCUCGGUAGCAAUGGCAUUAAAGUUGGACAAGGAGAUUGUUUAUGGGAAACCUGUCAAAACAAAGUAGUGAAAACCUAAUGAAGAAAAAUGGCCAACAGCUAAUGAAGUUGAUAAUGGUGGGGUAAGCUCCGGAAGUGGGAUGAAGAGGACAAGCUAUAUGUGUGGAGAAAAAGGCCAUAUUUCUUCUACUUGCUCCAAGAAGCAAGCGGAAGCGACAAAGUCAAAUGUAGCAUGAAAAUUGAUGGAAGGUUCUAACAGCAUCGUUUUUUCUAAUUAAUCAGCGGUAGGCAAUACAGAACGUUCUUUAAG